AUGAUGUUCCGAUCCUUCCGCCAAUCAUUGAACGAAAUUCCACAAAAAACCAUAACCAAGCACUUCCUUCAAUAAAAACGCUCGGUAUCAUAAAUAAUCCCCAGAAUGUUCCGAACGUCCCCCAUGUUUCCCAAAACGUUUCACAGAAUAUUACCAUGAAUAUUUCUCAGAAUAUUUCUUAUUAUUUUCCACAACAUUCUCCCUCUCCCUCAAUAAUUUCUCAGACAACUCAGCGUGUCAGAAGCAUCAGUAAUUACAGCCACCAUCGUAAUUUUCAUCAUCCAUAUUUCAACCAUCAUCAUCGACUUCCUGCAUUGAACCAAAUCCCUAUUACUACAUUAUUGGUUCCGGUAAUCCGAACCGUUCGUACUAUUCCUGGCGAUAACGUCACUCUUAAAAAAAAAAAUAAGUUGAAUAAUUUAUAUUCUCUUAAUCAUCAAUAG